AUGUUGGCUCCUCAUGCCGUAAUUGAUAACGAAGGGUCUGCGGCAACUACCAACGAUCCGGCUUUGAUACAAGCUAAACCUGUCAUGGUGUCGCAUGCUUAUCCGUUGCAAAAAGUUUCCUUCACAACAUCUUCUCUUGGAAAUUUGACAUAUGACGAGAACGAAAAGCCAGAAGAACUCUCAUCCGAUGUUUUUGUAACUUUUAGCUUCUUCUGGGCGGCCGACACGGGCAACACAGUCUUUGGUGGUGGCUGUUGA